CUGAGUCAGUAAUCAAAAUGGCUACCGACGUGUCUACUCCGCUCGCCCAGUCAAUGCUUAGUAAUGGCCAUAAUUUAAUGAUGAAUGGUGAAGCAGACCCAAUUCAACCUGCUGAGAAGAAAAUGAGAGUUAAUGAAGGUUGGCCCGACUCAAAUGAUCGCUAGUGUUCGAUCCUUUUGGCUGAUGCCGAUCAUCCAUUGCUGCGCCCCAGUCCUCCACACUACUUAGGGCAGACAUAUUGUUACCUUUCAUUUUGUCAAAGCAUUUUCAUAAACAAAACCAAGCUUUCAUUUUACAAACCAUAAUGUUUUUCCCUCUCAGUACUGUUAAGAGUAAAAGACUUUAAAUAGCUAAGGAAGAUAUGAAGCCAUUACUAGUGUUCCUUCACAAAGCAAGUUGUGGUGCAGGCAUGCUUAUAAUGAUGCCUUGUUGCUUUGUGAUGGUAAUUUGUUUUUGUUUGUUUUGUUAUCUUUGCAGAUAUUGGCGUAUGGGCUCUGCUUUCACAGAUGCGUGGUGCGCCUGCCCGAGUGUCAAAAUGAAUGGGAUCUGUAUAUUUGCCUAACAAAUAUUACUGAAAGUAGAAAAAGAGAGGAAGGCCCGUUCAGUAGUCAUACUUGCCUAUAAUUGAAAGAAGCAGGCCUCAAAACUUGCCAUACUUGUAGAUGAACUUUGUGUGUAGGAAUAUAUUUCCCCUAAAAUACAUUAGUGUAAUCCAAAAAAAUCUGGGAUCGGAUAUUACUCUCGUGUGUACAUAAGUAAAAAUUGAGAAUGAGUGUGGUGACCCUCGUGUGUGCUUGUGCGUUGGAGGGUUUUUAUAUUCUACUCUUUGCAGGCCACAGGUUGAGCAGCCCCUGGCCAUCCAACAGUACCUUGUGAAGACACAGGAACCUUGAGACCGGAGCCCCAGCCACCAGUCCUAGUUAUCUAUUAUGGGCUGUGUGGCUGGUUCACUUUCAUGAUUCAUGUUCACUUGCUAGUGUUCACCAUCAUCUGUUAGUAACCUGCCAUCAUAUUCCCAAGCAAUCCGAUAGAGUGAUAUCUUUUGUGUGAAUAUGUGAUAUGCCUGUUCUUUUUUUCUUUGUCGUUUCAUGGUGUAAGGUGGGCAGAAAGGCCUCAACGACAGGGGAGAUUCAGCGGCUGGCCGUUCGGCAGUUAGCUGGGGCUGCUAUUUACGAAAUGUAGCCUCCCCAGUGCAGUGAGGGGACAGCACGUGCGCGGUCUCCCUUGAGAGAAGUUGACCAGUCGGGCAGUCUCGUUCUGGGUGCUGGAGCGAAGAAAGACGACAUAGUCCACCUCCUGGGACAGAGCCUCCCACGCCUCUCCUCCGAUCAGAAGGAUGCAGUUGCUCGAGCCAAGAAGUAUGCCAUGGAGCAAUCCAUCCGCCUGGUUCUCAUGAAGCAGACUCUGGCACACCAACAGCAGCAAGCGAAGUCUCUACAAAGACAUCAAGCUCUGGUGUUGAUGUGCCGUGUGUAUGUGGGGAGCAUCAGCUUUGAGCUAAAAGAAGAUACUAUACGUCAAGCUUUUGUUCCUUUUGGUCCAAUCAAAUCAAUCAACAUGUCGUGGGAUCCAGUGACACAGAAGCACAAGGGAUUUGCCUUUGUUGAGUACGAGAUGCCAGAGGCUGCACAGCUUGCCUUGGAACAGAUGAAUGGAGUGAUGAUUGGAGGUCGCAACAUAAAAGUUGGACGCCCAUCAAACAUGCCUCAGAAUUGGUCGACAGCACAGGGCCAUAGUGCCUGUGAUGUUGCACAACCGAGACAGCUAAUGACAAGGACAACUGAUGGUGCAAGUAUUAUGGCCCAGACGGUGAUAGAUGAGAUCACAGAGGAGGCUAAUUAUUACAACAGAAUCUACAUUGCCUCUGUCCAUCAAGACCUUUCUGAGACUGACAUCAAGAGUGUCUUUGAAGCCUUUGGCAAAAUUAAGCAAUGUAUGUUAACCCCAGGCACCACACCGGGCAAACACAAGGGCUAUGGCUUUAUUGAAUAUGAGAAUUCACAAUCUGCACAGGAAGCCAUAGCUUCCAUGAACUUAUUUGACUUGGGUGGACAGUAUUUGCGUGUUGGGAAAGCAAUUACUCCUCCAGGAUCAUGUUAUGUGAGUUUUGGUGUUAAUGGUCCCUUAUCAGCACCAACACAAAUGCCAACUGCAGCAGCAGUGGCAGCUGCAGCUGCAACUGCAAAGAUUCAAGCUAUGGAUGCCCUUGCAACAAAUGCAAUUGGCCUAGUUCAAGGGCUAAGUAGCUCUCCCAACUCAAUGUCCCAGAUACCCCCUGUGGGUGUAGUAGGUAGUGUACCCCCCAUAGGGUCAGUAAGCAGUGUUUCCCCAGUGGGAACAGUGCCACCUGUGGGUGUUGUUGGAGGAACACCACCUGUUGCUUCUGUCCCCCCUGUGGGUGUGGUCACUAGCCUGCCAACCAACAUAGGGACAUCCAGCUCUUCUGGGUCUGCCAUUCCACCUCCAACAGUCCUCACCUCUCUACCCGUUCCUGGAUCCUCAGGAUCUUCUCCAGCCCCAUUACCCCCUGCAACUUCAAAUGCUUCAACGCCAAGUGUUGCAGGAUCAACUCCGAGCUCAACUUCAAAUGCAUCUGCUGUUGGUGGUGAAGAUCGCAAGCCCACUCAUCAAGAAGAAUUGGCCAAGAAGUUGAUGGAAGACAAUGAGCCACAAACAUUACAACAGCAGGAAACCAUGUCAAUUAAAGGACAGUCUGCUCGACAUCUUGUUAUGCAAAAACUAAUGAGAAAAGCUGAGUCAAAUGUCUUAAUCCUACGCAACAUGGUUGGAGCAGAAGAGGUUGAUGAGCAACUGCAAGAUGAAAUCACUGAAGAAUGUGGACGAUUUGGAACUGUCAACCAUGUUAUUAUAUAUCAAGAAAGGCAGUCUGAUGAAGAGGAUGCAGAAGUCAUUGUCAAAAUCUUUGUUGAGUUUGCAAAUCCCCAUGAAACAUCUACAGCACAAGAAGCCUUAAAUGGCCGAUACUUUGGUGGUCGGUUAGUUAAAGCAGAGUUGUAUGACCAGAACAUGUAUAAUCACAAUGAUUUGUCAGGGUGAAUGCUGCAGAUUUAGAGAUCAUUUCUUCAAGGCAUUUUAGUCUGACAGUUGAUUCCUGUGUAAAUUAUAUAAAUAUAGAUCUAUAUAGUGACAAAGCUAAUGUAAAACAAAAAAACAAAAAAAAAGCUUUUUUUAUUAUUUUUUAUUUUGUUUUUUUUUAAUUACUGUUAUGAGUGUUACUUUCAUGAUUGCAUGAAUGGAAGGACCCGAGUUCCUACAAAGUGUCAUGUCAUUUUUCACCAAUCAUCCCACUUCCCCUGUCUUGUUGUUUUAACCACAUAAGGUUGAGCGAUGUGUUCAUUUUGUUGUUUUUCCCGUUUUAUGGAUCCUAAUGUAUACCUGAUGCACCUUUGUGAAAAUGAUUAGUAAUGUUCCUCUGUUUGUCAAACAUUAUUUCCCCAACUUUUUUUUACAUGUAAAUAUUAUACAUAUAAUAUAGAUAUAUAUUUUUUCUGAUUCUUUCCUGGGACAUGUAAUCAAGAUUUAUGAAGCAAACAGUUAUCAACAAUAAAUGAAAUUUAAUAAAAUUAUAGAAAAAAAAGUUAAUGAGUACAGCUUUCACAUAAAUUUGCUAUUGGAUUCCAGUAUUGAAAGAAAAAUAAAAGGAUAGGUCUUACACAGUCACUAGAUGUUGAAGAGACACAUCCCAUAACAGGAAAGAAAAAA